CGUAACAACAAAGAGCAUUUGUUCGUUUGCUCAAAUGGUAAUCAUUUAUAAUAAUAAUAAUAAUAAUAAUAUAGAAAUAAUAUAACAAAUAAUGGAAUUAAGUUAAUUACGACAAGUGCAAACACAAUAAAAUAUGGCUGGCAUUUAUACCAGAGAGGCGGUGCGCGUCAAAGUCAAGAAGUGCGAAGCAACGCGUCCACCAGAAUGGCGCAAAUUUUCGGUGGAUCCACAAAUAACAACAUUGGAAGUACUCUACUCGCUGUUAGCCAAGGCAUUCGACAUCAAAUCCGAUUUCUCAAUCAAAUACAAAGCAUUCGAUCCAGCUGGCAAUGAAAUCUAUUUGGCCGUGCUCUCCGACUGGGAUCUGGAUGCUGCCUUUCUACGCAUACACAAUAUAUCAAUACAGUUGGCAUCGGAGCCGUGCCUAAUGCUACAGAUCGACGUUAAACCCUUUACCGUUGUCCGAGAGUGUGAAACGGAGACGACAACAACAACAACAACAACAACGACGACGACAACAAACACGAACAGCAGCAGCAGAGUGAGCGGCACCGGCAGCUUCUCGGCCAGCGUUUCUCCGCUGCAAUCGCUGGGGGUCUCACAGAAAUACGUGCAGCAUAUGCAAACCAAAUUGCCAGGCCUUAUAAUGAAUCAAAUGGAGAAGACAUUCUCCAUCGUGCAAAAGGCCUUUAAUCUGUCAGAUGAGCAUAUGGCCAACUUGCCCCCACGUCCGCCCAUGUGCGACAGCGAAUUUCGUCUAUUUUUGGAUGCACUCGGACAGAUUCAGCGUCGAGAUGAGCUGCGAAAGGUGAUUUUUCUGGGUGGCAUUGAGCCGAGCUUACGCCGCGUUGUCUGGAAGCAUUUGCUGAAUGUUUACCCCAGUGGCCUGCACGGACUGUCCUUGGAUGGGCAUCAGCGCAUGGAGUUUAUGCGUCGCAAGUCGGAACAAUAUUAUAAAUUGCGCGACAACUGGAAAUCGGCUGUGCAGCGAGGAUCUGUGGCCGGUGAACUGGCCUAUGUGACGAGCAUGGUGAAGAAGGACGUUUUGCGCACAGAUCGACUGCAUCCAUUCUAUGCGGGCAGCGACGACAAUCAGAAUAUUGCCUCGUUAUUCAAUAUAUUAACCACAUAUGCGCUGAAUCAUCCAGUUGUUAGCUAUUGCCAAGGCAUGUCCGACAUAGCCUCGCCCCUGCUAGUCACCAUGAAUGACGAGGCGCAGGCUUACAUCUGCUUCUGUGCGAUUAUGGCGCGUGUGCGUGGCAACUUUAUGUUGGAUGGCAUUGCCAUGACGCAGAAGUUUGCGCAUCUGACGGAGGCUUUGAGCUUCUAUGAUCCGGAAUUCUGGGAGUAUUUGAAAUCACAGCAAGCCGACGAUCUGCUUUUCUGCUAUCGUUGGCUACUGCUCGAGCUGAAGCGGGAAUUCCCAUUUGAAGAUGCUCUGCGCAUGCUGGAAGUACAAUGGAGCUCACUCUGCUAUGACAAUAACAGCUCCAAGGAGCUCUCUCUAUACGAAAAGGAAUUUGUGCCCAUAACGGAAACCUCGGCGCCCAAUAGUGCCAGCACGUUUUCCACAUCGUACAGCGCCACGCCCACAAGUCCUUCGUAUCUGCUAACGAAGCCGAGAGAGAAUCCUUAUACGAAAGUCUGUGCAUUGCGUAGACAAAGCUCGUCGGCUUCGCUUAGUUCGUUGAGCUCCUCGGUGGGAGCGGCCAGCAACAAUGCUUUGGAUAAUUCAAAGCGCCUGAAUCAUAGUCUGGACGAUAAUAUGUCAAGGCACGCAGCGCGUAGGCAGCGCAGGACAUCGGCGAAGGCGCAUCAGAGUCUGGAUGAAUCGAAGAUGUUGGCGCUGAUUGAGGGUGGCGUGGCCGAGCAGAAUGCCAAGUCGGUGCAGGAGCUGAGCGCCAGCGAGGAUACGGAUGAUGAUGUCUUUGAUCGCAGGGAACAGUCUGUGGGCUCGCCGCCACAAUUCCAUGAAACGAAUCCGUUUAAGGACGACGCACAACAGCCGAAUAAUAAUAUGAAUAACAAUAAUAAUGUAGCUACGCCCGCUAGGGUUUUCCUCUCAUCAACAUCAUCUUCCAAUUUGGGCGAGGAGAAGGCGCCGCCGCAGCAGCAACAGCAGCAGCAGCAGCAGCCAUCGGUCCAGGGCCUGGCCAAGCUGCAGCAGAAGAAUAUUUUGAAUGUAAGCAAUAUGAUAGCCAAGCAAUUGGCAACGAAUGCCAGCACGGUGAGCGAGAGCGUUAAACGCGUGAGCAGCACCAGCGGCGGACAUUUCAAGGAUCUCAAGGAGAAAAUCGCGGCCAGCAGUCGCAUGGGCAUCUCGUUCGACAACGAGGAUGCCCCACCAAAGCUGGUCAAGAAUUUUAAUGAAUUUCUCAAUUUUGCAGCGAUCAACAAGAAUCGCAUUUCGGAUCGUUUGGCCAAUCAGCUGCAAAUCAGUGAGAAGCCACAGAAGGACAUGGAGCUGAGCAAGCCAGUGGUGCAGCUGACCAAAGGCGGUGCAUUGGGCAGUUCUUUAGAUGAAUCGGAUUCCUCUUCCAUACCAGAGACUAGCUGGAGUGCCUCAACUGCGGCAACAGCCAUACAGCAGGCGCAGGAGCUGAGCAGUUAUAGUUUGCAAUUGGAUUUGAAUGCCGUGUCGCCUGUCAAGCACGAGCAACAGCAGCAGCCGCAGCAUAUAGAGGAGAGCACGCCCGAUCAGGAUGGCGAUCAGGGGUAUUAUCCGAUGACAAAUGCCAUAACGCGCGAACUGCGUUUGGAAUCGGAGAAUUUGGAUCGCCAGGUGUUCGGUUUGCCCUUUACGGAAAAGCAAACCAACGCUGCUCUAGCCGACGAUAUAGAAUAUGAAAAGUUGGAUAAGGAUACGCUAGACAUGGUGGACGAUCUCAAAGAAAAUGAGAUCAUCACAUGUCCCGAUGUCAGUGAGCUGCAUAUGCGAAGACGUCAACGUCUCGCCGCAGCCAAGAGCAACAGUGUGCAGCCCGCUAAGACAGAGACGCUGAAUCCCUUCAUUGACGAGAGUCAGCUGAUGGAGGGCGGCAUGCGUAACAGCAAUAGUCUGCCCGAGGUCAUCAUGCCCAUCUCAACGGAACCGAAUCGUGUGGAGGCGCCCACGCUGGUCGAAAUAGCAACCAAUGCCGACGAUGAGAGCGCCUACAGCGCCUACACUCGCUCACCUCAACGCAGUCCGCUGAACGGUCUGAAUAGCACAGCGGCUGCUCUGCCGCCACCGGCUGAAUUCGGUGGCGGCAACGCGUUCCUUAUGUUCCUCUGCCUAACACUGCUGCUGCAGCAUCGCAAUACAAUUAUUAAAUCGGCGAUGGACUACAACGAGAUAGCGAUGCACUUUGAUAAGAUGGUGCGGAAGCACGAUGUGACACGAGUCCUGAAUCAGGCGCGGCGCAUGUACUUUGAGUACUUGCAGGCGCAGCGUACACAAUCGUCAGCGGGAGUGGGCGCCGGAGCUGGAGCAGCAGUCGGCGCAGUCAGCACAACAGAAGCCACAAAUAUAUAGCCAAAGCUGGUGCGAAGAGGGCGAGUGGAUCAGGGCAAAGCUUGAGGGGAGUUAAGGACAAAAGACUUGGCUGCGAUGCUAUAUAUAUAUAGCUUAAGGAUCAAAGAAAGCAUGGAAGGUCGAGACUUGACAUUCUAUAUAUAUAUAUAUAUAUAGUCUAAAGAUCACAAAGCUAAGACAUAACUGUACAGACUUGUCUAAGACAAAGAAGACGUAACGAUCAUAGAGGGAGAUAUAGAGAGUCCAAGAAGACAGAGAAAGAGUUGCCUGCGAUUCUAUAUAUAAGGAUUAUAAAGUCUUGACUAGUCUAAGAUGUCGGCGAGAUGUUUAUAUAGCGAAAAGAGGAAGCACACAAAUGUAUAGAGUCUAAGCAAGCAGAAUGAUUAUGAAAUGAAGAUAUUUUGGAAUGGCAGGACUGUCUAGACUUGCGUGACAUUCUAUAUAUGUAGCGAAGGAAACAUGUAACGACUCUACAGACUUGUCUGGCAAAUAUAGACAUAUAUCGUCUAAGCAGUAACUGCUUUCAUACAGUUAAAGCUAUACGAUCCACAUUCAGCCCAGCAAUCGCUCCAUUUUUAAUUGAUCAAAGAAACGAAAGUUUUCCAAAUUUGUAUUUCUACUUUGUUUACCUGCUUUAGUUAAUUA